AUGUCGUGGACAUGCGGAACAUGCUGGCAGGAAUUCGCUACCUGGCGAAGUCGAGAACUACAUAUGGAUGCAUUGGAUCAUUCGACUCCCGAGCAUGAAUGUGACAGGUGCUCGCGUUUCUUCAACUCCCGCAGCGCUGUCGUUAAUCAUAUGAGCGCAAAGAACCACUGGUUCUACGAAUGUGGCAUCUGCGAUAAAACAUGGCCGACUGAAGAACUAGUAAAAGAGCACGAGGUAAAGCAGCACUUUUACUGCAAUGACUGUAACCGAGAAUUUAACACUUACAACAAUAUCAAGAUGGUGAGUUGGACAAUCCAUUAUCCAGUACCUAAUUUCGACCUAGGAUAUGCUCGUAUACCAUUCGAGAUCGAAGAACUGACGAAAAACACCUGCCAGCAUCUUAACUCGCGCGUCCAUCGCGGCAUAAACAUCAAUUGUCCUUUUUGUCAAAAUGCCUACACAUCCGCCACCGGCCUCGCGCACCACUUAGAGGGAGGAGCCUGCCCGAAAGCUCCAUUUCUAAAUCGAGAUGAAGUAUAUAAGCUCGUCAGAACCAAAGAUCCAGGCAGCCUUAUCUCCAAGAAGCUGCUCGGCUGGAAUGGUUCCCCCAAGUACGAGGCCACGUACGAGUCGUGGAAUGGAUACGCCUUCGAGUGUUACCUCUGCCAUCGCAAAUUCAGCUCACUCAAUUCCCUGAACCAGCACCUUAGCUCGCCUACACACCAGCAAAAUCUCUAUCAUUGCCCUAGCCGGCUCUUCUGUGGUCGUGAGUUUGUCUCACUAGCUGCUCUUAUGAAUCAUCUCGAGAGCGAAAGCUGCGGAUACACCAGGUUUGAGAACGUGCAGAGGGCUAGCCAGAAUAUUAUGAACCCAAGCCGACUCAUUAGUUUCAACUAA